AUGAGGAUGGGGAUCUAUGGGGAUGGGCACGCACGGAAUCGGGCGAGAGACAGGGAUUGGCUCGCCAAGGCGUGGUCGCGUCGUUGUGAUUUUGUCAUGUUUUUAGCCGGGCGGGGGCGGGGUUCUGAUUCGCGAAUUGCAGGCCUUCGAGAGCAGUCUCGGCUGGCCUUCGCGCGCCAAUGA